CUCCAAGGAUCGAAAUUAUCGACCCGUUCCUGUCGUUGGAGAAGAUUUUCACUUGUAGUCCGCGGUUCACGGUUCGUCGCGAAGAAAAAAGUUCGUUCGUGUUCCUCAACAUGGUGAGGUCAGUGCUAUUGAUGACCAUUCUGGCCCUGGGUUCCACUGCGGCUCAUUACGGGGGACCGUUCCUGCUGUGGGGACCGGACGAGCUGAAGGACGUGGAUGUGUCUGCCCUCGAGGGGCUCGACGACAAGUUUUUGCGGGAUUUGUACUCAAACUCAGCGGCGGUGGUGAUUUUCCUGCGGAAUGGAACCGCCAAGCUGACGGAUGAUAAUUUUCCCAGUUUCCGGAGGAUCAUCGAGAAGCACGAGUACGUGUACAGUCCGCAGCAAGGACUGAACUCGAACCCGUUGGAUUACAAUGUUAAUGCUGAGAUCAUCAACCUCGUCGGUUCCCCCACACAGCAGGACGUCGAGCUGUCCGCGCUGUACCGCGACUCGUCGGCCAACUACGGCGAACGUAAGGUGCUUGGGAUUUUGGCCAACCGCUGGGACGAAUACCACCACGAGUUGCACAAGCGUGAGGCCCGGUCGGAUGACUCGUCCACCAGUACGACCCCGGCUGGACCUACGGACGAGCCGGAGAUUGACGACGCCAUCUACUCGGUGCCGGGAAAGGCUCUAAUCUACAUCAGUUCGGCGCCGGUACUGAACAUCAACGGAACCUCGGACGAUGAGUACGUCCUGGACAAGCAUACCGUUGCGACGUACGAUGCCAGGGAGAAGGAGAGCAAACUGAUUGUCACGUUCAAGGUGGACGAUACGGCCAAGCUAACACUCAAGUUCCGCUUCGAGAUGAGCUCCGGCUACUGGACCAUGCCCAAGGUGGACGUGUUCCUGCUGGACACCAAGAACAAGGACGCCGGGAGGAGCGUCGACGCCGUGCUGGAGAUCGAGAGUGGCACGGUGCCGUACGCUCCGAUCGGCUUCUCGUACUCGUGCUCGAAGCAGCUGGUGUUCCGCAACGGGUCCAUCGUGCUGACGCUGGAGAACAUUCAGGUCCAACCGGCGAUGGACGGCAGCAGCAAGUUCGGCAGCGCCUGGGACUGCAUCGGCUUCACCACCGCUCCCAUCUGGUCCGGAAUCUUCGUGACAUCGAUCAUGGCCAUCAUGCUGGCGAUCGCAAUCUGUGCCAUACUGGACAUCAAGCCGCCGAACCGGUUCGAGUCCCGUACCGGCAAACAGCUCAGCUUCACCGUGCAGGAGUAAGCCAGUGGUCGUGUGUGUCAAUUGGUCAUCCCUGGCAUAUCUUUAUUGAGUGGGGGGGGGGAGGGGGGGGGGGCAUUGGUGUGAUUAACCACGGAGAUUUAACCUUGCUUAAGGGGGAGAGCAAACGGAACAUUGCAGAGAAAACAGUUCAAAUUGUCAUUAAAACCAAGACUUAAUCAGAGAGUUGCAGCUGAACUCUGAGCUAGGAAAGAGGAGACCAAACUCCACGCGUAGAAAGACGAGAUUUUCCCCGGGUGCAGAAACGCAUGCCGCAGUUGCAAAAUGACAGCAUAUUUAUCUUGGUUUUACACGCCUCUAAUAACCAAGUCCGGCCACCGCGCGCGCGUACUUGCGAGGGAAACUUAAUCGAUACUAAAGUUCAUCGUUUUAUUAGCCAAUGUUUGUGCAGUUUUCCGUUUCGCAUUUUCUGCGUUUCAGUUUUCUACUUUUAAUUUAAAAGUUGUGAA